UUCUUGACAUUCGAGCGUCUUUUUUGCUCGUCUUUCACUCGUUCUUAUCUUUUUUUUUAUAUACCACUGGCCAACUCAUUCGUUGUGGUCAUCGUGUGUCUUGUUUACGUCUUUUAAUUCACCCUCGCCGUCCCUCACUCCUUUCGGGCUCGCGCAACGCAACAACAAACAAAUCCCAUUAUACUCCCCAAUCCAAACCUCUUUCAUCACCAAAAUCUUCAAGAUGAAGUCUUUCACCAUGGCCGCCGCGUUGGCCUUCGCCACCAGCGUCAUUGCCGCGCCUAGCAACGUUUCCCCCAACGACCUGAGGCCGAGAGCAACUCUCGAGGCCAUCACCGUGAAGGGUAACGCCUUCUUCAAGGGCAGCGAGCGCUUCUACAUCCGCGGUAUCGAUUACCAGCCUGGCGGAGCUUCCGACGCGAAGGACCCCCUCGCAGAUGAUGUUAUCUGCAGGCGCGACAUCGCUGAGUUCAAGAAGUUGGGAGCCAACGUCGUCCGUGUCUACACUGUCGACAACAGCAAGGACCACACAACCUGCAUGGGUCUCCUCGCCGAUGCCGGUAUCUACUUGGUCUUGGACGCCAGCACGCCAAAAUACUCCAUUAACCGUGCCGACCCUCAACCAUCUUACAACGCUGUCUACCUCCAGUCUCUCUUUGCUACCAUUGACGAGUUCGCCAAGUACACCAACACCUUGGCCUUCUUCAGCGGCAAUGAAGUCAUCAACGACGGCACCACCACUGAGGCUGCACCCUACGUCAAGGCCACCACCAGAGAUAUGCGCGCCUACAUCAAGGCCAAGGGUCUCCGUCAGAUCCCCGUCGGAUACUCUGCCGCUGAUGUUUCUGAGAACCGCAUGGAGAUGGCUCACUACAUGAACUGCGGUUCCGACGAUGAGCGCAGCGACUUCUUCGCCUUCAACGACUACUCGUGGUGUGCCCCCAACACCUUCACCGGUGCCGGCUGGGACCAGAAGGUCAAGAACUUCACCGGCUACGGAGUCCCCAUUUUCCUGUCCGAGUACGGUUGCAUCAAGCCCGGCCCACGUACGUUCGAGGAGGUCAAGUCCCUGUACAGCACUGACAUGACCGCUGUCUACUCUGGUGGUCUUGCUUACGAGUACUCCGAGGAGGGCUCCGGCUACGGACUCGUCAAGAUCAAGGACACCACGUCCGUCUCUGAGCUCUCUGGCUUCAACUACCUGAUGAAGGCCUUUGCCAGCACCCCAUCCCCCAGCGGAGACGGUGGAUACACUUCCUCCAAGGGCAAGGCCUCCGAGUGCCCAGCCAAGUCGUCGAACUGGAACGUUACUACUGCGGAUCUCCCUACCAUCCCCAAGAAGGCUGCCGAGUACAUGAAGAGCGAUGUUGGAAAGGGACCAGGCUUGGCAGGAGCUGGUUCCCAGACCUCCGGAGGUGAUGGCAUCUCGUCUGAGGGAACCACUCGUUCAGGAACCGGAUCCUCCACUAGCGACACCCCUGGAGAGACCUCUGAGGCUGCCGCUAACGGACUCGUUGCCCCUAUCGACUUUAAGGUCGCAUAUGCCGGCAUGGUUGUCCUCGGGUGCUUCUUGGGUGGCGGACUACUGUUGUAGUUGAAUUAAGUUUUUUUUGUUGGAGGGAUAGUUGCUUCAAGUCGAAGCGAGCGUACUGGCUUUCCAUUGUACAACUGCGAAGAGCGAAUGUUAGCACCUCCUUACGUAUUCUAGCCAAAAUUAGGA